AACACACACCUUCUCAUUCCUCAGUAUCUCACAAAACCAGACAAUAAUAAUGGCGUCUCAAAUCUUCCCGGCGAUGCCGACGCCGUCGUCGCUGCUAUCGGCGUAUGCCACAUUGUCCACCUCCAUCAUCCUCUUCCGUACAAUUUUCGACCAGUUCUUCCCGCCACAACUCCGUCGCUACGUCAUCGAAGCCAUCCAAUUAUACUGGAAACCUAAAUCCUCAAAACUAACUCUCAUCUUUGAGGAGAAAGACGGCAUGACCGGAAAUCAUGUCUUCGAUGCCGCCGAAGCCUAUCUCUGCACCAUGAUCAGUCCUGAUGUCGACCGUCUCAGGAUCACCAAAAACGUCAAAGAAAAUCACAUCAAAAUCAAGUUUGCAGAGUCGGAGGAGUUAGUAGAUUCGUUCGAUGGAAUCUCGCUUACAUGGAAGUACGUCCGUCAGAAGCUACAGCAAAGGCAUGGCGGCGGCGGAGAUGACGAUUUUGUUCUCGGUGGAAAGAGAAGCUCCGGCGGCAACUUUACGCCGGAGACAAAAUACAUCGAACUGAAAUUCGACAAAAAGUACAAAGAUAUUAUAAUAAAUGUUUACUUGCCGUCGGUAAUUGACAAAUUUCAGGAACUUGAAAACCAGAAGAAAGUCGUGAAGAUCCAUAGCCUACAAUCCUACGACGGCGGACCAGGCGGUUACAAGGAAUCGGUGAAUCUAGACCAUCCAUCAACGUUCGAUACAUUGGCCAUGGAUCCGAAGAUGAAGAAGGUGAUUAUCGACGAUUUGGAUCUGUUUUUGAAGAGAAGAGAUUUCUAUAAGAAAGUAGGGAAGGCGUGGAAGAGAGGGUAUCUACUGUACGGUCCGCCGGGGACGGGGAAAUCGAGCUUGAUUGCAGCCAUGGCGAAUUACUUGAAGUUUGAUAUCUACGAUUUACAGUUGACGAAUGUUAGAAGUGAUUCGAGUUUGAAGCAAAUGGUAUUAAGAACAUCCAAUCGAUCGAUAUUGGUGAUUGAAGAUAUCGAUUGUAGCAUACAGUUGCCUGAUCGGAAGGGAGUCCCUCCGUCCAAAUUUUCCGACGUUAAGCCCGUUCGAGAUCCGCAGUUCUCUUUAUCUGGCCUCCUAAAUUUCAUAGACGGACUAUGGUCUUGUUGUGGAGAUGAACGCAUCAUAAUCUUCACCACGAACCACAAAGAAAGACUCGACCCAGCAUUGCUUCGACCAGGGCGAAUGGACAUGCACAUUCUCAUGUCAUACUUGACCUUUGACGGAUUCAAAACACUAGCAGCCAACUAUCUCAAUAUUCACAACCACCGAUAUUUUAGUGAAAUCGAAAAACUGAUUAAUUGCACCAAGGUUACACCAGCAGAGGUGGCAGAGGAACUCAUGAAGUCCAACGACGUUGAGGUUGUGCUCGAAGGGCUCGUGAAGUUUAUCAUACAUAAGAAGAUGGGAGGUGAUGGAAUUAAAGACGGGAGUAAUGAUGGAGAUGAUAAAGUUCAUGAAGGUAUAUAGGCAAAUGGUGUUUCACUGAUUUAGUAGUUAAAUAUUGUUAUCAACAUUUGUAGCUGUUGUUGUAUUCUAUUUAAUAUUUGAUUCAGUUGUAUUAAUUGGAAUACCCAAAAAAAA